UCCCCCAAAGAAGGUUAGAUAGGUGGGGCUGACUCUUCAAUGACCAGAGACAAGAGGCGCCCCCCACCUCCCCUCCUGUGUAUUAAAGUCUCACUCUGCUACUGCCUCAGCAGCAGACUGCAACCACACCGCUUCACAAUUACACCUCCAGAUACUCCUUUCACUCUCUCAAUUAUGGCCCCAAGAAGCAUUAAUGAAGGAUCCAGUAAGAAAGUUAUGAACAAAGGAGCAUGGACAUCCGAGGAGGAUAGAAAACUGGCCGAGUAUAUAGAAGUGCAUGGCGCAAAGAGGUGGAAAACUGUAGCAUUCAAAUCAGGGCUGAAUCGGUGUGGGAAAAGUUGCAGAUUGAGAUGGUUGAAUUAUCUGAGACCCAACAUCAAGAGAGGCAACAUAUCAGAUGACGAAGAGGACUUGAUUCUCAGACUUCAUAAGCUGCUAGGGAACAGGUGGUCGUUGAUCGCUGGGAGACUUCCAGGGCGAACAGAUAAUGAGAUCAAGAACUACUGGAAUUCUCAUUUGAGCAAGAAACUACAACAGAAAGAAAACAAAACUGAGACUUCCACAGCAAAAGAGACUGCACCCCAGAAACCCGAAGACAUUGCAGAGGGCAGUGGAGAAGAAGACAAAGGAAGUGGGUACCCAGACAUCAACUUUGAUGUCAAUGAGUUCUUUGACUUCUCGGCUGAAGGCUCCUGUGGAUUGGAGUGGGUGAACAAGUUUCUUGAGCUCGAUGAGGAAUCCUGGCUCGCCAAGAAAAGGUCUAUACAUUAGUGUACAAAGUAUGAUUCCAAGACUACCUCAGCAUCUCUGGAUUUGGUCCAAUAAAUUGCUAUAAAGAUUCAAACGCUGUCUUCCUGCAGCAGACAAACCUAAAAAUUUAGGCUCAAUGAGACAUAAGGAAAAAGUGCAGAAACCAUGAGAAAGAAACAAAGGUUUUUAACUAGUAAAUCAUGGAGAUAAAACAAUUUUCAUUGUCAUUUUGUACUUUUGCCCCAUUUAAAAAUCAAAAGAGAGUUCAUUGUA